CUAUAAAUUGCGUCCCUCGUCCAAGCCCCAAUUCCCUUUUCCCUCUUUCUCUUUUCCCCUCUCUGGAAGGACUUGGAUUCUUUCUUUUCUCGCAGCAGCAACGCCACGCUGCUGCUCUUACUUCCUGUUGACCACAACCACCCUGCUCCCACCUUUCAAGUUUGAACCCUCUUUGCUUGGCAUCUACCACCUUUAGUUCCCUGUGGCUUGGAGAUUCUGUGUGAAAGUAUCUUAUCAUACAAGAUCUACCAUCUAGCUUAGUACUACUCUCUUGGAAUCCUUGCGACGAAACCUAGCUGUUCAGGGCGACACUUUGCUGAAAUUUCCAGUCAGAAACCCCCUUGUUCAGGCCGUCGCUCUGCCGAAAUUUCCUGUCUGAAAACCUUGCAAUCAAGGGCAACACCCUGCUCAAAUAUUUUCCCUGAGAAUUCUCCCUUGGUCAGGAGAAACUCUGUCCGAUUUCACAGUAAGAAACCUUGGUUUUUGAGGGGAGACUCUGCCGAAUUUUUCUCUUGACCAGCUCUGCUUGUAUGCCGCUGCUUUUAUGAUAACAUCCACUGUCCUCGUCCAGUCCUUCUCCGUCGUCUUCCUCUACUGGUUCUACGUCUUCUCAUAAUCAACCAACCCGGUUAAACCAGAGAGUUCACCUGCUUAUUGUAUAUUGUUUUAAAUAUUUGUUCGUGUAAGAAACAAAGUAAAGUAAUCAAGUGGUGUAAGGAAAUGGCCUCUCCUGGUCCCGUCACGUCGUCGUUGAACGGCUCGGAGGCGACACGGGCGCCGCCUGCGGCGCUGACCGAGGAGAGGAAGCGGAAGCGCAAGGAGUCGAACCGGCUGUCCGCGCAGCGGUCGCGCGCGCGCAAGCUGCUGCAGGUGGACGAGCUGGAGGCGGAGGCGGCAGCACUGCGCGCCCGGAACUGCGCCGUGGCAGCGGCGGCACAGGAGGCCGCGCGCCGGUGCGCGGUCGUCCAGGCCGAGAACGAGCUCCUGCAUGCGCGGGCGCUGGAGCUGGGCGCGCGCCUCGAGUCGCUCGCCGAGCUGAUCCAGUACAUCGACGCGGCCGCCGCCAUGGGUGCUUCCUCCAUCCCGCUCGCCGGCGUCAACGGCACCGCCUUGCCCCAGCAGCCGAUCCUGCAAACGGAGUUGUACUGCAACUACCCCUACUACUGCUAGCAGAUCGCAUCAUGCUGGUUCCGUGCAGCUCUGUGUUGUCGAUGCGUCUAGUAGUAGUAUGUGCUUAUGCUUUUCCUCCCAAGUAGAGUAGUGCUAUUGGGUGGGCAGGGGCAAGGAAAUUAAAGAGUGGCUGUACCUGUUUCGACUGACUUUAUAGUGUGACAUCGACGGAGACGACAAUGUGUGUGGUU